UCUUCUACGCACCAACGCUGCAACUUCUUCACGUUGCCCUCAAAAACGCGCUCUCUCCUUUCCUUCAUCGAUGCCUCCCUCCUUCAAACCCUUUUCAAACCCGAAAUACAAAUUUACUUGAGAGAGAGACGCCACACUCAGAUAGAGAUAUAUACGAUAAUAUAUCGAUCAUAUGGACCGCUCGAAGAGAAUCGUUACGAGCGUUAUGACCAGAGAAGAAUCCGACGGAUACUUCAUCGUGCCGGACAAGGAUGUGGAGCUGGCGGCCCAGAAGAUCAUGCAGCUCAGUGACGAGGAUAGCAACUCUGUCAACGAUCGCCGUGGUCGCAAGAAAAAGGGAUCGCUCGGUUUUCCUUCGGUGUCGGUUACCCAUGCAAAGAUGAUUGAGGAGAUAUUUGGGAGCGAAGGAGAAGACGAUGGAGGAGAAGUUGUUGAAGCUGGAGAAGUUUGCGAGCCGAGGAAGAAGAGGAAGCAAAGGUGUAGGUUGUUGGAGGAUAUAUACCAGGUGACGAAGCCGAUGGAUAACCAGAGGUACUUGAAGGAGAUGAUGAUCAAAUAUUAGUCAAAUGCUGUAUAAAAACAACCGAAAUAUAUAUUCGAGUGUAUCAUUAGGAUAUUCAGAAUUAUUAGCGGAUUUAGUUUAUCAGUCUAAUCUUAAUUAGGAAGGCUCCUUGAUCGGUUCUUGAUUAUGUUAAAACUCAAUGGAAAUGUUGCAAUCCCUCGAAUUCGAGGCAAAUGAAGAGAGCUCUUAUCAUGA